UUGCCCCGACUACCGUAUGCAGUUCAGUGUCGCCUUCCUCGUCGGUUCAUUCAUAAAAUCCAGUGGUGAAUAACACCAGCACGUGUCCACCAGCCCCAUUCAUUUCUUCCCGUAUCUCCCCUAUCGGAAAAAUGGCGCCUUUUUUUCGCAAACCCACAGCUCGAGUCAAGUUAGCCAUGCCACUGGCCGACUAGAUUAUUGGUCGACUGUACUGUACUCAUGUCAAACCGAUCCAUUCAUUUUUUCAACAGAACAUGGAGUAGACAGAAACAUGGCGGACGUCCCAGUGAGAGUCGAAGAAAGGCUCAAAAUCAAAAUCGGAGAAGCCAAACAAUUACAACCCAGAUCCAAUUUAUCUUCAGUGACUCGGGAUGUAUACUGCACACUGUCCCUCGACCAGGAAGAAAUCUACAGAACGAAGACAGCCGAGAAAACCCUAAACCCCUUCUUCGGCGAGGAGUACCAGUUCGAAGUGCCCAGAGACUUCCGCUACAUCUCCAUCUACCUGUUCGACCGAGACAAGCAUCUCAAGCAGAACAAAGUCCUCGGCAAAGUCGCCAUCAAGCGCGAGGAGCUCGCCUCGUACAACAACAGAGACCACUGGUUUGCCAUUAAGCCAGUCGAUGCAGACUCGGAGGUGCAAGGCAAGGUUAACAUCGAACUCAAGUUCACUUCGAGCUUUCAAAAACACAAAAAUGUGACAAACUACGGUAGAAACGAUCGUUUGUCAGUGCAGGUGGUGAAGUGUUUGGAUCUGACGCUCAAAAACGGUGCUUGUGAUCCAUAUGCUGUGGCGUGCGUGACUUACACGAACCGUAAGACAGUCUCGAAGAGGACUAAAGUUAGGAAAAAAACGACAUGUCCGCAGUUCGACGAGGUGUUGACUUUCGACGCGUAUGAGGGUAAAGAUGGCUUGUGUGGGGACGGUGAAGUGGAGAUUUGUGAAUUGAACGUGUCGAUAUGGCAUGACGCUCCAGGGAUGGGGGAUAAUGUGUUUUUGGGAGAGGUGCGGGUGCAGCUGAGCGGAAUACAGCAGCAGAAUGCGGCUCCCAGGAAUGCGUGGUAUUUCCUCCAGCCCAGAUCGGCGAAAAAUCGUCCGUCCUUUACGUACUCAACGCCCCCCGGCACCCGACUGUCUCAAGAUAAUUCUCUUGGAUCUCUAAGGCUCCAAGUUCAGUACAACGAGGACAGGGUCUUCCCUGCAGAAAUUUACGAGUCAUUAAGAAGUCUAUUGUUAAAAAGCGUCCAAACAAAGCCUAUUACUUCAAGCGCUGUGUACGUUUUGGGUGAAAUUAUUUCCAGCAAAACAGAAAUUGCACAGCCUUUAGUCAGGAUAUUUAUGCACCAUGGCCAGAUCGUACCCAUCAUCAAAGCUUUAGCCGAUGCUGAAAUUUCCAUGUUGACAGAUCCAACGACGAUAUUCCGUGGUAAUACUCUAGUUUCAAAAAUGAUGGAUGAAGCCAUGCGUCUCAUUGGUCUCCAGUAUCUCCACAAAACGCUUCGACCGACAAUAGAACUCAUUUUCAAUGAAAGAAAGCCAUGCGAAAUUGAUCCAACACGCGUCCGUGAUUCCAACACCGUCCAAACGAACCUCAACAAUCUCAAGACUUACGUCCUUAAAGUUUUUAAAGCAAUAACUCAAAGCGCAGUUCACUGUCCAGCUCUAAUGUGCCAGAUAUUUUAUAAUCUCAAAGAAUGUGCUAUGAAGCGUUUCCCAGAAAACAAGGAAGUUAGAUAUUCGGUUAUUUCGGGAUUUAUUUUUUUGAGAUUCUUCGCACCGGCGAUAUUAGGACCACGACUCUUUGAUUUGACUAAUGAGCAAAUUGAUAAUCAAAUUAAUCGGACUUUGACAUUAAUUUCAAAAACGAUCCAAUCUUUGGGGAAUUUGGUGAGUUGUCGGUCAAGUCAGCAAGUGUGUAAAGAAGAAUACAUGGAAUCUUUGUAUAAAGAAUUUUAUACAGACACUCACGUGACAGCAGUGCGGCAGUUUUUAGAGAUUAUUUCAGCUAUUUCGAAUCCGGAGAAUAGAGACAAUGAUACUCCAGUUACUUUGAAAGAGGGACUGAUGAUCAAACGUGCUCAAGGAAGAAAAAGAUUUGGAAGAAAAAACUUUAAACAGAGAUACUUCAAACUAACAACUCAUAGUUUAAGUUAUGCGAAAAGUAAAGGUAAAGAAGCGUUAUGUCAGAUACCCUUAUCGAAUAUUUUGGCUGUGGAACGGCUAACGGAAAAAUCGUUUAAAAUGAAAAACAUGUUCCAAAUCGUUCAAGACGGUCGAACUUUGUACGUCCAGGCAGCGAAUUGUGUAGAAGAAAAAGAGUGGGUUGAUUUGCUUACAAAAAUGUGCCAGACCAAUCAGAAUAGAUUGAAUCAGUAUCAUCCAUGUGCUUUCAUUAAUGGCAAGUGGUCAUGUUGUGAGUCGUUUAAUGAGUUGGCUCCGGGCUGUAGUAAAGUGUCUUCAACUGAUAGCAAUAAUUUUCAUAUAACGUUAGACCCAGAAAGGGAAUUGCAAAGGAUCCAUUCGUUAAUCAUCUCCCACAUGAAUCAACUAGAAAUAAUAAUGUGUCAGCCAGAAACAUUUUUGAAAGGUAUUUUGCAAUUUAAAACCUACGGACUGCAAGAUGUCAAGGAUUGUUUCAUUGUCUUGCGAGAGCUGAGAGAUGUUGCUGUAAAAAUCGAAACCAAACAUAACUCGUACAUGCGAACGUUAGCCAGGGAUACAAAAUAUGGCAGCCUGGCUGCUCCAAUAGGUGAUGAUAAUUAUUUAUUAGCGUCAAGAAUGAAUCUUGAUUCCUUGCUUUUACGGCGAUAAUUACUUCCGGCACUGUACAAAAUAAACUAAAAUCUCAAUUUGAAGACUGCAAAAUUAAUAUUAAGCAAGUAAAGAACACCACUGUAUUAUUCUAAAAACGAAAAUCUAAGCUUACUGCUGAAAGAUUUUAAUAUUUUUGAUUAGUUAAUAAGAUUUAAAGACAAUCAAUUGUUUUUAGUUGUUCCAGUGUAUAUUUAUAUUGUUUUUCUUUGUAUUACAUGAGUACAAAUACGUUGUAAAAAGCGUGUCUUUUAUAAAUACAUCCUUAUAAUAAUGUUGAAGCAGGGUUGUAAUUUUAAGAGAAGUGAAAUUGCGUAUACGUGAAUUAUUUUUACUAACAAUAUUUUAGCCGUACAGAGCAAGUUUAUAAGGAUGGUAUUUUUAGAUACUGUAAUGUAUAGUGUAAAUAAUUGUUAGAGGCCAUGAACGCAGGGCAUUUAUAAAUGGAAGUUCAUUUAUUUUUUGAAUACUGUUUUGUUAUCUAAAUAACAGCUUUUUUUAAAUAUUUUUUAAUUUUAUAUUAAUGACAUGUUUUCAUGAAAACUUAACAAUGAUUAUUUCAAUUAUCACUUUACCUAACGUGUAGCUCCAAAUUUUAAAGCAGUCUAACGUCAAACGGUAACGCUUAGUAGCUAGAUACAUCAUGUAGCCAUUAGUAUGAAAAAAACGAAUUUGAAUUUUUUUAUCUUGUAAUUUGGUGUUUUUUAUAUAUUUAUAAUUUCGCAUUUAAUGUAAUUUUAAUUAUCGUUUUUAUUAACUUAUUAACUUUCUUGCAAAGUUGUUUGAACUGUUCACGUUGAUUUAAGUGUUAUGAAAUUUCAGAACUUAUUUCAAAUAAAUUUUAUUAUUAUUUU